CCGCUCUAUAAACUAGCAUUACCAAGAGUGGCUCUAAGGUACAACUCUCCAAGAAACUUAACCUCCCGACUCUUCUGAAUCCUAAAGAUUUUGCAAGCCAGCAGCUUCAUUAUUUCAGUCGUAUAAUUGCAGGACUUAACAGCAGCUUAAAGAUGCCCGUCACUCGCAUGAGAAUGAGGCCUUGGCUAGAACAGCAGAUUGAAUCCAAUCUUUAUCCUGGACUUUCUUGGGUAAACAAGGAAGAAAUGAUUUUCCAGAUCCCUUGGAAGCACGCUGCUAGACAUGGAUGGGAUAUCAACAAAGACGCAUGUCUGUUUCGUAGCUGGGCUAUCCAUACAGGGAGACAUAAAAUUGGUGAAAAGGAAUCUGAUCCCAAAACAUGGAAGGCUAAUUUUCGGUGUGCGAUGAACUCUUUGCCUGACAUAGAAGAAGUUAAGGAUAAAAGCAUUUACAAAGGGUCUAGUGCAGUUAGAGUGUACAGGAUGCUUCCACCCCAAGUUAAAGUGGAGAGAAAAGAACGUAAAACCAAGUCACCUAGAGAUCCAAAAAGCAGACUAAAGAAAAAGGUUGAUGGCGAUGAAGAGGUGGAAACAGUAAAAAAAAAUAAUAACCUCCCAGGGGACCAUAGCAGCUACACCACUAAUGUGUUUACAGAAGCGGAAAUUCCCAGCACAGAUCUAUUAGCAGGGAUAAACGAUUGUGACGUCACCAGUAGUAUAUCAGAAUGGAGAAAUAGUUUGCAAAUAUCACCGGCUGAUAGCACAAACGACCUGUACCCUUUUCAAGUUUCACCUAUGUCAUCAUGUUCGGAAGCCACAGAGGAAGAUGAGGGAAUAAAUAUGCAAAGUGAGCUAUUUUUGAUGCAAGAGCAGAAGUCUGAAUGGCAGCCGAUGAACAUUGAUGGCAAUAGAUAUUAUACCAAUGAAUCUGGCAUGUCAAACAAUUGUCUAGGUGAACUCAACAUAAAUGAAUCUCUUGACGAAAUUAUUAAAGUGGCAGGAGAAAUAGAAGUCAGAUUUGCUGCUGAUCUUAAAAGUGGGCUGGACCUGAUUGAUUGGAUAGAUGCAGGAUUUCCACCACGAUCUGUAGGAUUAUCCACCAUGCAGUACGCUUUGUGAUCUUUAACAAGCUGUAAAUGAGACAUCAGAAUGAAAAAGAAAAAUGUAUCGGAUCGGAAAUACAUUUUUGGACUUUAUUUUCUUUUUGCUUAUGAUCAGCUAUUUGAAUGAACAAGUUCAGCGUUGUAUUUUGGCAUUUAGGAUAUCAUUCUGAACACUUUUACAAGGAACUUUUCACUACAGUGUGUCUGGCGGAAUGCGUCUUGGAAUACUUUAGUCACAUGUUUUUGUAUGUGACCCAAGAAUAGUAAUAUAAUAUUGCAUAUGCCAUAGAACGAGCCAUAUUUAACGAGCACUUAUUAUGAUAGCCUAUCUAAUAUGGUGUUGAUAUUGAACCAUACUGGGUCAUUUACUCAGAGUAAAAAAUGUGAAGGGAGUCAACAUUUUAGAUGUGAACAUAUUGAUGAAAAAAGUGGGACAGAAUAUUAACUGCGCCAGCAGGACUAGCGCAAGUUUAACGUGCAUUAAAGUAAAGAUGGGCUAAUAAGAAGAUGCAUCAAAUUCUUUAUUCCCAGCUUUAAUUACUUCAAAAUAGUGAUUCACACACACUUGUUUGUUUCAGCAUCACAUGUUGUUAUGCUCAUCAGGCUUAAGUGAAUCUUUACCAGUUGUCUAGUAAGCAUUAUUUACAUAAAAAAGUUAUUCAUCAUGUGAACAAGUCAAAUAUUAGCAUUAUCAUAUCCUAAUCCUACACUUUUUAACACACAUUAAAAACAGCUGCUUUAAAUAUGUCUUCAUUUUGUAGGAUAACCUAAAAUUGUUUGUGAGCUAGCAGUUAUCAACCCCAUUGAGAUCUGUAAACACAUUUGUAAGCUGUCAUUCACUCAUACUCUGUAAAUACUGCUGUAGUCGUCGUAUCCUGAAAUGGCACACAGAUAAAUUGUAAAUAAUGCCCUGUGUCUCUGUAUAGAAGCACCGUGUUACUGUAAAUAUGUACAUUGUAUAUAAAGAAGUUUAUUAGUUUGAAUAAAAAAUGUAUUUGUUGAAAAA